CCCUGCGACACACAGCUCACCAGUUUAGGUACUACUGAAAAAGAGGAGAAAAUGGCUCUGACAAACCCCAUGCCCAUGGGCCCUUGGAAGAUCACCGUGUACGACCAGGAGCACUUCCAGGGAAGGCGUAUGGAGUUCACCGCCAGCUGCCAGAACAUCAUGGAGUGUGGGAUGGAGAACAUCCGCUCCCUGAAGGUCGAGUGUGGCGCCUGGGUGGGCUACGAGCACUCCAGCUUCUGCGGCCAGCAGUUUGUGCUGGAGAAGGGAGACUACCCUCGCAUUGAGGCCUACAGUGGCAGUAACUCCUACCGCAUUGAGAGGAUGAUCUCCUUCAGGCCCAUCUGCAGUGCUAACCACAAGGACUCCCGCAUGACCAUCUUCGAGAUGGAGAAUCUGACAGGCCGUCAGUUUGAGCUGUCUGACGACUACCCCUCCCUGCAGGCCAUGGGCUGGAUGAACAAAGAGGUUGCAUCCAUGCACAUUCAGAGUGGAGCAUUCGUGUGCUACCAGUACCCUGGAUACCGUGGCCACCAGUACAUCCUGGAGAGUGAUUUGCGUGGAGGCGAGUACAAGUGUUGCCGUGAGUUCGGCUCCCACGCCCAAACCCCCCAGAUCCAGUCCAUCAGGAGGAUCCAGCACUGAGAGGGAAGCGUGUCUUUUACUCUUCCUCAUCACCUCUUCAUCUUCCUUCUCCUCUCCCUCUACCUGAAAUUCCAUCCCUUGCUCCGUUCCUCCUCUCCCCCCCGACCUCCAUCUCUCCGGCUCCAGUGGUCCGACAAGUCAGAGCAGGAUUCCAAGCUGGUCUUCAGGUGCUUACUGAUGUCAGUUGUUCACAGCACUUUUUGUUUUUUGAAGAAACAUCACAAAAAGAAAGGAACAAUGUGAGAAAGACAGAAAAUCGGAAUGACAGAAAGAGGAAAUUGAACUAGCGUGCAAGCAAGGCCUCGUGUGCUGAGGUCGGCUGCUGAGCGGUGAAAAAACCUCAAAGCUUUUGCUCUUUUUCAUCUCGGCCAUUGAUGGCAUCAUCAUCAUUGUCACUGUCUUCUGCAUCAACACAACAACCAGUGAUACCUGUGAUAUCCAAGACUGCCUGUGUUCAAGACGAUGAAUAAAGAGAAUGAGCAAAGAAAGUGA